UUCCUGCAAACAAGUUCCGCAAAGUGACACUUAAGUAUGUCAGAGUCUGUAGUCAGACACUGAAGUAUCUUUAUGGACAGUCUCAGUAUUCAGCUUCAUCAUGGCUGGACGCCUGUUGUUUGUCUUCCUCAUGUAUUCCUUUCAUGAGAUUCAAGUUCAAGCUCGUCUUCCACCUAAACUGAAAGUGAAUUCACCGGUGAUCACAGAGACAGACUCAGUCACAUUGAGCUGUGAGGCUCCAUCAUCUGUUUCUGUGUCUCAGUGUUAUUUCUACACUGUUAGUGGAGGAAAUGUCAGAAGCUCUUCUUGUAUGAAGAGACUGACAGGAACUGAACUGCUGUUAAUGUCACAUCAGAGUUCACCUGCUGAGGUUGAAGUGAAAUGUUAUUACACUGUAAAGGUUGAAGAUUUAGAUUCUCCAUCUCCACACAGUAACAUAUCCACCAUCACCAUACACAGUCAAACACCACAGAUGAGUCUUCAGCAUUUUGAUGGUGAAUACGUUCUCUUUGUCUGCUCUCUGCCUGGAUCUGCUAAUCAUGAUACGAGAUGUAACCUGUACUUUGGAGAAGAAAGUGAUCCAGUUGUAACAACAACCAUCUGGAAGAAGAGAAGCUCAACCAAUCAGUGGUUCUGCCAGUUUAUUGUCACAACUGAUGAUUUGUUGAAACGUCUAAGUUUAGUUAAACAGGGUAAUGCCAGCUGUGAUUAUAGUUUGGGAAGUGAACCCAACUCUUUGUCUCCUCGUAGUGAUCGAUACAGGUUGACUGAUAUUGUGGAAAAAGAAUCAGGGAUGAUCCAGAGGCCAACAGUCACUAAGACCACAGGUAGUUUGACCUCUUCUCAAACAACUCUUAAGAAUCCAGCAUCUGAUGAUGAAAUAACAGGUAGUUUGACCUCAACUCACACAACUCUUAAUCCAGCAUCUGAUGAUGAAAUAACAGUUUAUUCAGCAGGUCGGACUGUUUCUACAUCAAGUGACACUGAUAGUUCUGUCUCUACUUUCCUGACAUCAGUGAAACCAGAAAAAGGUAGUUUGACCUCUACUCAAACAACUCUUAAAAAUCCAGCAUCUGAUGAUGAAAUAACAGUUUGGCCAGUUACAUCAAGUAAUACUGGUGGUGCCACCUCUACCUCCUUACAACCAGUGAAACCAGCAUCAGCAGAGACGUGGAUAUGGAAGUUAAUAGCUGUGGCUGGUUGUGGUCUAACUGUGGGCGUCAUCGUGCUUUCAGUAAUUCACUGUAAAAAAAGAAGAGCUGUUUAUUCAGCAGGUUGGACUGUUUCUACAUCAAGUGACACUGAUAGGUCUGUUGGUAGUUCUGUCUCUACUUUCCUGACAUCAGUGAAACCAGAAAAAGGUUCUGAGGAAGUGAAAGAGCAGCAACAUCAAAAUGAGACUAAUGACACAUACCAUUUGUACUCCACCAUCUCUGAGGAACCAGCUGCAUCUGCCCUGACAACCUGUGAGACUGGAUUUGGCCUGCAGGAUAUGGUGUACAGCACCGUGCAGGCGCACUGAAAUACAAACUGUUUUAUACUGAGAAUACAGAGAAAGCUGGCAGUCAGUCACUUAUAUAACCUAGACUAUUGUUAGACUGCUGUAAUACCUUUUUCUUAGAACAAACAAACUUUAAGAUUAAACCUUUUUACCAAACCUUUACAGUCACUAAUUCUUAAGUUGUGCUUUAUGAAAAACAAAGCACAGCAUGGAUUCCUACCAUUCCCCAUUUAUAAAACUAUAGCAAGUUCAGUUAAGACUUGAUGUAAUUCUUGUUUUGUUUUCUAAUAAUAAACGCAAGCCAAGAAAAAAAAGAUAAUAAUGACGCAAUUUUCUAAAAUUUGACAUAUACACCGAUCAGCCACAAGCUGGUGGUCAUAAUGUUCUGCAGCCCCAUACCAACAAACUGUGAUCCACUGUGUGUUCUGACACCUUUCUAUCAGAACCAGCAUUCACUUUUUCAGCAGUUUGAGCUACAGUAGCUCGUCUGUUGGAUCAGACCACACAGGCCAGCCUUCACUCCCCACGUGCAUCAAUGAGCCUUGGCUGUCCAUGUCUCUGGUGGGUCAGCACCUUUGAUAGGUACUCACCUCUGCAGACUGCGAAUACCCAACAAGAGCUGCAGUUUUGGAGAUGCUCUGACCCAGUUGUCUAGCCAUCACAAUGUGGCCCUUGUCAAAGUUGCUCAAAUCCUUAUGCUGCCCAUUUUUCCUUCUAACACAUCACUUUGAUGACAAAAUGUUCACUUGCUGCCAAAUAUAUCCCACCCACUGACAGGUGCCAUGAUAACCAGAUAAUCAGUGUUAUUCACUUUAUCUGUCAGUGAUCACAAUGUUAUGGCUGAUUGGUGUAUAUACAUAGACAUUGUGGGGAGUAUUUUCAAACUUCACUAAAUUAGUUUUUGCUUCUGAUUUUCAUGUCGAUUAUUUGUGCUUUUAUAGUUACUGAAAAUAACUCACUUAUUCUGUCACUUCUACUCAAGCUUUUCUUGAAAGAGCUCACUCUUGUCUGAUUCACAGAAACAUUUUAGACAGCAUAAAUUCACAUAAAAAGACUAUAACCACAAUUUAAAUUAAUUUAGACAACAUAGAUCAACUAUCAACCUACAAAGUCCACAGGACUACGGAGAACAUUCAGGCUAAGAGGAACAUGUGAAGUAGGAUGUAACCUGGUUUGAUGUUAAUUUCCGAAACAGUUUUCUUCUAAUGAGCAACAAAAUGACCCUGUAAGAAAAUAAAACUGUGUUAAAUAACAGCAAAAUAAAUGCAUGUCCUCUGGUCACUGUGUAAAGUCUGUUAAAGCUAUGUCCAAUAAUAUAUGGCAUUACAUUUGUCUAAUGACAA